GACUUGAUACCCGGCAUCUGUUUACCGCUACCUAAAACAUUAUCACCAGCAUGUUUGUAGCUAGGAAUUUCCUUUCCCGCGCUGCCGGAAAUGCUCUCAGAAAGCCCCUUGUCAACAUACACCGAGUAACUGCUUUUCAAGCUUUGAAGGCAGAGCAAAAAAAUUAUUCCACUGGCGGUACGAGAGAUUAUACGGUAAGGGAGGCUCUGAACGAGGCGCUUGCCGAGGAAUUGGAGAGGGACGAGAAAGUACUUAUUAUGGGCGAAGAAGUGGCCCAGUACAAUGGGGCUUACAAAGUCACCAAGGGAUUGUUGGAUCGUUUUGGCGAAAAGAGAGUUAUCGAUUCGCCAAUUACGGAGCACGGUUUCGCUGGUCUCGGUGUUGGUGCCGCUCUCGCUGGCCUCAGCCCUGUGGUUGAAUUCAUGACUUGGAACUUUGCUAUGCAAGCAAUUGACCAGAUUAUUAACUCUGGAGCUAAGACACAUUAUAUGAGUGGAGGCAUCCAGCCUUGCAGCAUUACUUUCCGUGGACCCAAUGGAUUUGCUUCUGGUGUGGCGGCUCAACAUUCUCAGGAUUACUCUGCCUGGUAUGGCAGCAUCCCGGGAUUGAAAGUAGUUACGCCCUGGAGUGCGGAAGAUGCUAAGGGUCUGUUGAAAGCUGCUAUCAGAGAUCCCAACCCAGUAGUGGUUCUUGAGAAUGAGUUGCUUUACGGACAGGCGUUUCCUAUGUCAGAGGAGGCUCAGAAGUCUGACUUUGUCCUACCUAUCGGAAGCGCUAAGAUCGAGCGAGUUGGAAAAGAUGUUACUCUUGUGGCGCUCUCCCGCUGCGUUGGACAAGCUCUCACCGCGGCGGCGACUCUAAAGAAGAAAUAUGGAGUCGAGACGGAAGUUAUUAACCUCCGUUCCGUUAAGCCUCUUGAUGUUGAGACCAUCGUGAAAUCUGUCAAGAAAACCAAUCACCUGAUCGCCAUUGAGAGCGGCUUCCCCAGCUUCGGGGUUGCCAGUGAGAUCCUUGCUCUGAGCAUGGAAUACAUGUUUGAUUUCUUGGACGCCCCGGCCCAAAGAAUCACCGGCGCGGAGGUCCCAACGCCAUACGCAAUUGGCCUCGAGCAAUUAUCUUUCCCUGACGAGGACCUCAUGGUUAAGAAGACUGCACAGCUGCUGGGGCUCUAGGGAAGGCAAAGGCAGGUGGCCAGGAGUGGGGGGGUUCGGAAGCGAUGGUGUUAGCAGACGUAAGCCUUUGGCUGCAGCAAAGCGCUCUUUGAGUUACUCCCCUUGGCGAUGUUAGUGGUGUUGGGUCUCUGAUUUUUUUCCUCACAUUUCCUUCGCGAUCGUAGGACUGCUUCUGUUUUGUUGGAUGCACACGUGAAGUGCAUGCUCGUUCAACUCUUCCGGAGAUUGGCUUCCUUUCUUUCCUGUUUUAUAUGGUUCACAAGCCAAGCGGGGUGGCGGUUUGGAUUGGGCUUUUAUUAUCUUCUUUCUUUUGUAGAAUAAUCUUAGACAACCACUUGAUAGAGAA